AUGGGUCUUCAGAGCGAGACUAUAGUCCUUUGGACAUAUCCUGCGGCAUUCUGUCUGGGGUCAUUGGCAGCAAACAUCUAUGAAGUCCUGUACAGGAGCAAGAAUGAUGUGGAGAAGCCCGUGAGCCAGUCUCGCAUUGCAACAGCGAACAGAAUGGUGCAAUGUCUCCAUUACAUUCUGGUGAUCACUCUUACAAUCAACACCGGGUUUGCAGGAUACGGAGCGUUCAAGGGAACCAGCAUACCAUUGUUUUCUACUGAAGCAUAUCUUGGCGCCACUUUGUCCAUACUGCUCAUAUAUUGCGGCGCGCUACUUCCAGAUCCUGUUGACCCAUAUUUCCCAACUAUGCCGAAUAUGGCGACCUGGAUAUUGAGUGUCCUCUAUGAGAUGGCAAUCAUGAUCAUGGGACUAGUCGACGUUGCAUCUUUGGGAUAUCCGCAACAAGAUGCUGUAUCUUCAGUCUGCGUGGCACUCAUGGCAACCCGGAUCAUCACCCUUAGUGCAAUGGUCGGCGUGUAUCUCUACCGUGAGCGGGGAGAGAGCGAGACAGGCUCUGAUGAUGAGCGCCAGUCCUUACUUAGUGAGGAACAAAAUUGCGAACCGACAUAUGGCUCGGCCGAAAAUUUGAAGCCAGCCGGAGCAAAGGAUGCGCAGCAUGUUUCCGCGUUCGACUACCUGGUUGGGUUCCGCGAUUUGAUCCCAUAUCUCUGGCCAACUGGGGAUCGUGCGCUGCAAUUACGGGCUGUGUUCUGCUUCGGUCUGCUCACCGCCCAGCGCAUCGUCAACAUUCUCGUGCCUCAUCAGCUUGGAAUUGUAGUGGAACAUUUAGGCAAAGGCAAGCUGCCCUUGAAAGAAAUCCUGCUUUACGUCCUUUACCGAGGACUCCAAGGACAACAGGGAGUCAUARGCUCUUUGCGAGCCAUUCUUUGGAUCCCUAUCAGUCAAUCAGCUUACCGCCGGCUGACAGUCGCUGCUUUCGAACACGUCAUGAAGCUUUCACUGGAGUUUCAUCUUGGCAAGCGAAUUGGCGAGGUUAUCAGCGCACUGAGCAAAGGGAGUGCCAUCAAUACAUUUCUGGACGGCCUGAUUUUCCAGCUUUCACCCAUGGUGUUUGAUCUCUUCAUUGCUGCCAUCUACUUCUUUGUAGAACUGGAUGCAUUCUACGCUAUUAUUGUGGUUGCGGUCAUGUGGUUCUACCUUUUCGUUACCAUUUACAUGGCGAAAUAUCGGGGCAGAGUCAGACGAGAGGCUGCGACGAGGGAGAGGAGCAUAGAGGCUGCAAAAACCGACGCUAUCAUGUCAUACGAGACUGUCCACCAUAAUAGCGCGCUUCCACUCGAGAUGUCAAGAUUCCGACGUCUGGUCAACAGCUUCCAGGUGUCGGAAUACUCCGUCUUCUGGUCUUUGAACUUGCUAAACGCGAUCCAGAACUUCAUUUUUGUUCUGAGUGUCAUGCUGGUCUGCCUGUUGGCAGCUUACCAGAUCGAUGUCGGGCAAUACAGAGUUGCCAUGUUUGUGACGGUUCUCACGUACCUCGCUCAGCUGCAGGCCCCUUUGAACUUCUUCGGAAGCUUCUAUACUCAAGUGCAAAACAACAUGGUCGAUGCUGAGCGUAUGCUCGCGCUUUACAAGAUCGUACCCUCGAUCAAGGAUCGAAAGGAUGCUCAAUCAAUCGAUGCAUGCCAAGGCCGAAUCGAGUUCAAGAACGUCAACUUUGCCUACGACGCUCGCAAGCCCGCCCUAUCUGAUGUCAGCUUCACAGUGGAGCCAGGAACUACUACUGCGAUUGUCGGCGAAAGUGGGUCUGGAAAGUCCACAUGUAUGAAGCUUCUUUUCCGCUCGUACGAAACCGGCUCCGGGUCCGUCACCAUCGACGGAGUCAAUGUGCAGGAUUUCAAGCUGGCCAGCCUUCGUACUCACUUCGGAGUUGUGCCUCAAGACACGAUUCUUUUCAACGAGACCAUCUUGUACAACAUCACGUACUCAAAGCCAGAUGCCACGCAAGAAGAAGUUGAAGCGGCAUGUAAAGUCGCAAGCAUUCAUGAAAAAAUCAUGAGAUUUCCAGAUGGAUAUCAUACUAAUGUUGGAGAGCGCGGAUUGAGGCUUUCAGGCGGCGAGAAGCAGAGAAUCGCCAUCGCCCGGGCGGUGCUCAAAAGACCGGUGAUUAUGUUGUUGGAUGAAGCAACCGCGUCAUUGGACUCGUCUACCGAGACCAUGAUUCAAGAUGCAUUGAAGGUAGCGUGUAAAGGACGGACUACCGUUGCUAUUGCACAUCGACUGUCCACCAUUACAGAUGCGGAUCAGAUCCUCGUUAUGCGAGAGGGAGUUAUUAUCGAACGUGGGACACAUGAGCAGUUGCUGGCGCAGGACGGUCGCUAUCGGUCAAUGUGGGAGAAGCAGACGAGGAAGAUUCCUACCGAGUGA